AUGCACAUCAGUUCUGUUUCUAGAUGUCUCAGUCACCUAAUCCCAAAGACAGUCAGGCCCUGCUGCAGUCCAUGCUGCAGAAACUGAAGCUCCAGCCGGGAAAAGAGGGCCAGGCAUACCUGCACACACCUGUACCCACCACAGCUGCUUCAUCAUGGGGGCAAGAUGGAGAGAGGGGAGCCUUCAACCUCCAGAAAGUGAACAGCAGUCCUGGAAAUGGCUUUCGGUUCAGUCCCAAUGGUAUCCCCUCAAAGGAUUGUGGGAACUCUGCUGCAGGCAGUCACUUUGGAUUCAAAGGUGAAAUACAGAGUCCAGGUCAUGGCUGUGCAGUGGACAGUGUUCUCAUUUCCUUACCCUCCCAAAAAGAUAACAUUGAUGGUGAGGACAGUCAGCCUGCGGUUACCCCGACAGGAACAGGACAGCUGUUUCCUGCUGGAUCACUUAAGGAUGCUGAUAUCGCUUCCUUUGAGAGGACUGACGGGCCGUGGGAGGGUAGUUUUGCAGCGACAAUGCCUAGUAAUAUAGAUGCUUUCACCAGCAUGGGACAGAAUCAAAACCAGGACCAGAGUUUUAAAGCCAAAGUUUAUGUCUGGUCUUCGAAGCCAACAGAUGCAGAUGUUAAAAGUCAAGAGAAUGAAGUGCUGCAUACAGGAAAUGGAGGAUUAGGAGAUUUGGCACAAAGUAAAGACUUGCAGAUUGUGCCGCUAAACAGCAGCUCGAGAAGGACACCUCGAUUAUCGGAGAAUAAAACGAGGAGAUGGACUCAGAAGAUCAAGGAGAAAUGGGUCCGGUCGGGGAGUUUUGGCAGAAAGGGAAAAGGAGGAGUGAGAGUAGACUUGCAUAGUGAGGAAGGAACUGAAAUUUCACCUCAAAGCCAGCUGCCGAAAGCAGUACAUCUCACCCCUUCAAAUAAGGAGGAAGAAAGGACCCUCUUUCCAUUUGACAGCAGAGAUCCAAGUAACCCCCCUCCCACAUACACAGAAGACGAAGAAUAUAUGAGGUCGAACAGAGACUUUGAGUUUGGCCUGGGCUCCUUUAGCUUGCUGGACGAAAUUGUUACGGGUCAAGAGUGGGCCAAGUUCCUAAACCCCAGCCAAUCAGCAGCCUCGACCAAUAAGAGACCAGCAGAACUCAAAAUCCUAUCAAAUUCUCAUGAUAAUGGUCAAUCGACUCUGAUUUUGAACCAACAAGGGGGAGUGAACAACCCGUGGAGCUUCCAGGGAACUGAGACAUCACCAGGUUCAGAUUUCAGCAUGGCACAAAUAUCACCUGACGCUUCCCACCCAGUCAGCAUGGACGUUUCAGAGGAAAAACAGCCUGCAGCACGGGAGUUCCACAGUGCACCUGAUCAACUAAUACCAAUGGAAUAUGGACAAACCCGUGGACCUGCUGCGUUUUUAGAGGCUGCAGAUAUUACAGACAACUCAGCACAGAAGAUCAGAGCCCACCUCAACAGAAAGAGACAGCACCAGUCGACAGAAAUAGGAAAUGACAGGUUUCAAACAGAGAAUAGACGUGAUGGAAAUAUGACGGGCAAAGAGGGAAGCCUCACAAGCAGCCACGUGAUGGAGGAGACGGGAGAGUUCCAACAUGAUGUCAACAUGAUGCCUUGCCCUUUACACACCAUGAAGUCUCCUGCUCCACCUCUCUCUCCGUUUACUCCUUUUGCUCCUGCGCCCCGCGGUGUUCUCAAACACUCAAUAUCCCAGGAUUCACAAUCAACAGAAACGCUGACAAAAAGGAGGCGAGUCGAGGAAAACAGACGGGUUCGUUUCUCAGAGGAGGUUGUGACCAUCGAGCCCCCGGAAAGGGGCCUGGACGCUUCAAACUCCGAGGAGGAUUCAGGAGCCGAGGAAGACUCUGUGACCGACCAGGAGUGUGAGGAGGAGCCGGCAGCAGCAGCAGAGGAGGAGGCACCCGCACGACGACAUGCUCUCCCUGCCUGGAUACUGGCUCUGAAGAGGAACUCAGGGUGGAAGCACAGAUAGGGCCUGGAAAGCUGCCAGAAGAAGGACUCAGUCUAUAAAACUAAAAUCAUUUCUUGAGUUAUCGCUGGACAUUGAAAGCACCUCUGUGUGCCUUCUUCUUGUCCCCCUCCCCAAACAAACAAUGCUCAAAAUUAUGUUUGAUUGUAUGAUAAGAGAAGCUUCUUUCAAGGCUUGUCAACUAAACCAGAAUGUUCUUUUUGUACCUUGCACGAAGGGAUAUUUUGAAGUGUUGAGUUGUGUGAGGUACUUUCUAAUAUACAGUUAGUGUAUUACCUAUAGCAGGGUUCCCAAACUUUGCCAUGCCAAGGACCCCCAUAUAGCAUUAUCCUCUGGCGGGGACCC